GGGGCCCCUGCCGAGGCCGGGAGCCCCGGCAGGGAGCCGCAGCUUUUGCUGUGCCAACAACCGUGGCCCGAGGCUCCGCUUGCCGCUGGUGGGGACGCAUUAAUCCACUGACACUAGCGUGGGACAAAGAUGUACUGAAGGAGUCAGCUGUGGCUGCGACCAGCCGAGGAGAGCAUUUAGAGCACGCGCUGAACAGGAAGAAGUGGAAAGGGAAGAAGGAAGGGAGCCUCUGGUUUCUGGAGCAGUGUCAACACGGAGGACUGAGCUUGAUGGUGGAAUUGGGGACACUGUAACACCAAGGAGGAAGCCUGAUCCAGUGUGAAGAUGACUCCCUUGGUCGCCGUGGUGUCCAGCCCCCGUGCCCGGCUCUUUGCCUGCUUCCUCAGGCUGGGUGCUCAGCAGGCUGACUCACUUCAGCUGCACACAGGGGCCGGCCUAGCAGCCAAGAACCACUAUGAGGUGCUGGUGCUGGGUGGGGGCAGCGGUGGGAUCACCAUGGCUUCCCGUAUGAAGAGGAGAGUGGGCGCAGAGAAUGUGGCCAUCAUUGAGCCCAGUGAGAGACAUUUCUACCAGCCAAUUUGGACGCUGGUGGGCGCUGGUGCCAAACAGUUGUCCUCGUCUGUUCAACCCACAGCGAGUGUGAUUCCAUCCGGUGUAGAGUGGAUCAAAGCUAGAGUGGUUGAACUGAACCCAGACAAGAGCUGCAUCCACACAGACAGCGGCAAGGAGAUCUCCUACAAAUAUCUUAUUAUUGCUCUUGGAAUCCAGCUGGACUACGAGAAGAUUAAAGGCCUACCUGAAGGUUUUGCCCAUCCCAAAAUAGGGUCUAAUUAUUCGGUUAGGACAGUAGAGAAGACAUGGAAAGCUCUGCAGGACUUCAAGGAGGGAAAUGCCAUUUUUACGUUCCCAAAUACUCCGAUAAAGUGUGCUGGAGCCCCACAGAAGAUCAUGUAUUUAUCAGAAGCCUAUUUCAGGAAGACAGGGAAGCGAUCUAAGGCCAAUAUCAUUUUCAACACUUCUCUUGGAGUGAUUUUUGGGGUUAAGAAGUAUGCAGAUGCCCUGCAGAAGAUCAUCAAGGAGAGGAACCUCACUGUUAACUACAAGCAAAACCUCAUUGAAGUCCGAGCUGAUAAACAAGAGGCUGUUUUUGAGAACCUGGAUAAGCCUGGAGAGACCCAAGUGGUUUCGUAUGAAAUGCUUCACGUUACACCACCAAUGAGCCCACCAGAUGUCCUCAAGACGAGUCCUGUGGCUGAUGCUGCUGGAUGGGUGGAUGUGGAUAAAGAAACUCUGCAGCACAAGAGAUACCCAAAUGUGUUUGGGAUUGGGGACUGCACCAACCUUCCUACGUCAAAGACUGCUGCUGCAGUGGCUGCCCAGUCAGGAAUACUUGACAGGACAAUUUCUCUGAUUAUGAAGAAUGAAAAACCAAUGAAGAAGUAUGAUGGCUACACGUCAUGUCCACUGGUGACUGGCUACAACCGUGUGAUUCUCGCAGAGUUUGACUACAGCUCUCAGCCCCUGGAAACCUUCCCCUUUGACCAGGGCAAAGAGAGGCUUUCCAUGUACCUCAUGAAGGCCGACCUGAUGCCCUUCCUAUACUGGAAUAUGAUGCUGAGGGGUUACUGGGGAGGACCAGCCUUUCUGCGGAAGUUGUUACAUCUGGGUAUGAGCUGAGGACGGUUCAACCUUUCCCCUCCUUGGAUGACUCCUGAACCAAAAUCAUAGUAAUGAUUGACUAAGAGCAGCAUGAAAAACUCAAAACCUGACCCUGUAAAAAAUUUAUUGCCAGAUGAUGGAUGAUGGUGACUAAAUGCUUCUCAUUUCAAUACCUCUGGACAGCCACUGUGCAGGCUGACCAGAAUGAGCUUGAUUCUUUGGAAAUAUUAAAAUGAGAGAAUAGACUUCUAUUUUUUUAA